GUAUCUUUAUUUGGGCUGCUCAGCAACGGUUUCUCACUUUACAUAACACGUACGAGAUCACUCUUCCGCAGUGCAUUUGGAGCUCUAUGCAGCAGCUAUCUAAUUUGCAACUUAGAAGCCAUAGUUUUACUUUUGAUAUGGUGUACUAUCGUCUUAAGCGUAAAACCUCCAACAUUAUCGUCAUCAACAAUUUUUUCCAUACGACGUAUUGGUGAACGGAGCGUGGUUUGGAUCGCUUUUUGUCGAUUGUGCGCUAUUGCAUAUCCAAUAAAAUACAAGGAACUAUGGUCAGAAACAAAGGCUUUCGCUGCUGGAAUCUUUUCAUGGACAGUAGGGACGUUCUUGUGCAUGUUACAGUUAUAUAAAGGAUGCUCAUUUGUAUUUAAUGGAAACUGGAACCAUAUCUUUUCCUACCAAAAUUCCUUCUAUGGUAAAAUAUGUGCCUGCACUGAUACCAUAAUAUCGAUAGGAAUAAUAGCGGCAACGGGAUGCAUUGAUUUCAUUACCUUAGUAAAAAUACUUGAAUAUCGCAGGACAAUUCGAGAAAAUAAGGUUUUCUCCGUUGUUAGUGUUAUCAAAGAACGAGACGUGUCAUUCUUCAAACAG